AUGAGUUCAUCAUAUCAUCAUUUUAAUGAUGAUGACGAUGAUGAUGAUCCAAACAACAGAGAGCAAUAUAAACAAAUUGAAAUUCGUGAAGCAAUAACUUUUUUAAUUGAUAUUACACCAAAUUUAUUAAAACCUCAAAAUGAAUUAAAUCAAACAUCACAAUUAAAAGAAAUUUUAACAAGUAUUAAUGAAUUAAUGCAAGAAUUAAUUAUAAAUUCAAGAAAUACUGGAAUUGGAAUUUAUUUUUAUAAUUGUGCAACCAUUAAGCCAUUAAAAAAUUUGGGUUUACCUACUUUCAAUUCAUUAUUUGGAUUAAAUGUUUUAAAUUUAACAAAUAUGAUUAGAUUAAAUGAUUUAUUAGUUAAUAAUGAAGAUUUAUCAACAAUAUUUAAAUAUAAACCAAUGGAAGAAGAAUCUGAAUUAAAUUCAAUAUUAAGUAAAAUGAUUAAUCAAUUUACAGGUAAGAAAGAAUUUAACAAGAGAAGAAUGAUUUGGAUUACGAAUAAUGAUCAACCAUUUAAAAAAGAAUCUACUUUAGAGAAUUUAAAAAGAUCAAUUGAUGAUUUUGAUGGAUUUGGUUUUAAAAUUGAUCCAAUUUUUAUAAGUUAUGAUCCUUCAUCACCAUUUAAAUUUGAUAAAUUUAUUGAUAUUUUUUCAAAUACUAAUUUUUUAAAAGUUGAUGAAUAUAAAGAAGAUAAGAAAAUAAAAUUAGAACCAUCAAAUGGUACUAAUGGAUUUGAUUCAACCACUUCAAGUAAAACUAGGAAUUCAAUGUACCAACAACCUAUAUUAAGUAAUCAAAUUAAAAAAAGGAUUUUAAAUAUUCAAAAUAUCAAAAGAGUUCAAUUUUCAUGUAGUUUGAUUUUAAGUGAUAAUGGAUCAAUUGGUGGUAAUUUAGGCUGUAAUAUAAAAGGUUAUACUUUAUAUUCACAUGAAAAAAUUAAAAAAUCUGAAAUUCAAUUAUAUACUAAAAAUGAAGAAAUUAAAAAAGUUUAUAUUGAUUCAGAUUUAAUUGAUGCUAAUAAUCAAACAAAAAUUGAAAUGAAAAAAGAUAGAAAUUUAUCAUUAUCUGAAAGAAAACAAGAAUCUGGGAUUAUGAAAGGAUUUGAAUUAGGUGGUGAUAAUGAUGUAUUAUUAUUAAAUCAAGAACAACUUGAAUUUAUUAGAAAUUUCACAUUUGAUCAUAGAUUGAAAAAUGACGAUACCAAAAAAGUUAAAAAAGAAGAUGAAAUUGAAUUUCCAGAUGAUAUAGAAAAUGAAGAUGAUGAUAAUACAAUCUCAUUAUCUUAUUCAAAAGCACCAUAUUUAAAAGUUAUUGGUUUCAGAGAUUUAGAACAUUUCAAUCCUUCAUAUAUAUGUUCAACUCCAGUAUUUAUAAGUGCUGAUUUAUAUAAUGGGUUUAAUACAACAAUAUCAUCAAAACAAGGUGGUUUUACAAAUUCAUUAAAAACUUUUGCAUCAUUAUAUAGAUCAACUUUGAAAUUAAAACAAUAUAUUGUUGUUGUUGGAUGUAUUAGAUCAAAUUCAAAACCUCAUUUAUAUGCAAUGUAUCCUACACAAACUUUUGGAUCAAAUAGAUUAAAAGAAGAAAUUAAUUUACCUCAAGGGUUUUUAUUAUGUAAAUUACCAUGGGUAGAUGAUUUUAGAUCAUUACCUUCUAAUUAUAUUCAAUAUGUUAAUAAAGAAGAACCAAAAAUAAAUCAACCAUUAGUUGAAGAUUUUAAAAAUCUAAUCAAAAAUUUUGAAAUUGAUUCAUAUGAUCCAAAAAAUUAUCCAAAUCCAUCAUUAAAUUAUUAUUAUAAAGUUAUAAAACAUGAAUUAUUACAAUUACCAUUUUUACCAACUAAUAGAUUGUUAGCUAAAAAUGAUGAAACUUUUAAACAAUUAAUUUCAAUAAAAAAAAAUCUAACUCCAGAAAAUCAUCAAUUAAUAAAAGAAAUUUUAUCAAAAAUUCAAAAAUUAACAGAAGAUAUAACAUCACAAGAAAAAGAAUCACAUAUACCACCACCACCUAAAACCAAAAAAUUUAUAAAAGAAAUAACAAUUGAAGAAGUAUUAAUAGCAUGGAAAAAUAAUAAUUUAAAUAAUUUUAAUAUGGAUCAAUUAAAACAAUUUCGUAAAAAUCAUUAUCCUGAUAUUAAACCUGCUGUUAAAAAAAUUGAUAUGAUUAAUAAUAUAUCUGAAUAUUUGGAAUCUAAUGUUAAAAAUUAA